GAACGAUACAGUAGUCGCGACGCAGAAUGUUGCCUUGCUAGAUGUAUUGACCUUGCUUGACAGUAUGUCUGAUUGAACACGAUCAGAACGUUUUCCGUGCCGGUCGGAAGGACACGGUUUAUCAGAAUAUGGCAAGUGACUUCAGUCGAACACGUUCAACAGCAUGUAUCUAUGGCAACUGGCCGUACUCUAUGGAGGGCUGCAUCGUUGCUGUACUUACAGCGCAUGUAGGUACCCAGAGACGGAUUACACUCUAUUGGUCUUUUACCAAGUCAGUACAAUCAUGUUCUGCGCUUCCCACUGGACAGUGGUUGAAUGUAUCCCGUAGAAGCGGAUUACAUUUUGGACAUGAUGUGUUUGAAUACGAUAGCUGGCAAGUCCAUCCCUUCCAUAAUACUCAUUUCGCCACUAGCAUCCUCGUGUCUUCGGGUAGUACAAGCAGAAUGUGGCAAGAGAUGGUCUUUCCUCGCUCCUAUCUUUGUUUCGAGUGUGUUUGGGCCUAUCAUCAAUGUUAUGUGCUGAUCUUGUUCAGUGAUAUACGAACGCUUACACUAGCUAGAGGCAGUACAACUUCAACAGCCUGACGAAGUUUGUGACGAUCAUAAACUUCCGAUCUUUCAAAGCUUACGACGAGAUUAAUAAUCGACGCACUUGGACCAUUUCUCCUUACUUGGCUCACAGCAACAGAAGUCAUCAAGGGGAAUCACAAAGUGAACAUACAUAUGGGCUGGAACGCCCUAAGGAACGCGCAACGCCGUGUGCAACUUGAGGAAGCUUUGAAAUUGGACAAAAAACGACUAUUUGGAAUGUAAUCGAAGAAACCGCGGUGUACAGAGGGUAAAGCCCUCCGCCAUCGUAAACGGCACACACAACAAAAUGAGCACCGUCCAUGCUCAUAAGAUCGUCACUACCGCAGCUCUGCUUCACAUGCGCUCGCUGAAAUUAUCCGAAACGUCGCUACCACCACCAUUCCUGUUCUCAAAACUUUCACCCUUGCCUACCAUUUCUGCGCAAUUUGUUUCUGAGUCCCCGGUUUAUUCGUGGUUGAUUGGCCUUGUUGCUGAUUCAGUGCGAACAAAAUCCGCUGUCCCUUUGUUCAACGAGGAUGUAGGGAGUCUAUUGAAAAUUAUCGGCUACGGCCGUCAGCCGUCGACUUGCUUGGUGGAUGUAUUUUAUCGCUUCCGGACGUGUCCUGAUGUCUUGAUCCUAACGAUUGCUCAAUGGAGAGUAUACGCAAACUGGGAGGCUAGGGCCAAAGCAGAUCGUGGAAGGUGGUAAUAGUAGAGCUCUGAUUCUAGUCGUGGUAAAUCGCGCGUUGUACGGCUCACAUCGUCACGUAUGCCUAUAAAUGUCGGGUGCUGGCUAGGACGGAUAAAUGAAUGUUACUGGAUGAC